AUGGCAAUUGGGAAGAAUACAACUACAUCGAUGAUCGGGCUCUCUCUUCUAUCAGCACCAGGACCUUCAUCCCUUCAAAAGCCCCGGGAGACUAUUGAGGAGCGAGGAAGGGCAAUCUCUCAAGCCACAAAUGACCUUCCCGGUUCCCUCUUCUCCUCCGAAGAUGGAUCACAGCCAGCAAUGAUGCCGACGGAUCUCAAUGUGUCUAAGCCAGAAGCUGUGGCAGUCAUUAUCACUUUGGCUGGUGUGAGCUUCCUGAACACUAUGGGCUCAGGUAUUCUCAUAGCCGCCCUGCCUCGAAUCGCCAAAGAUGUUGGGAUACCCCAAGCACUGAUCCUCUGGCCGGCAGCUGUCUAUGCCCUUGCUGCUGAGUGUCUCCUCCUUAUAUUUGGAGCCAUUGCAGAUGUUGUUGGGGCAAAAUUGAUGUGGGUAGUGGGCAGCUUUCUCUUUGUCAUUUUCACUGUCGCAAUUGGCGUGGCGAAGACUGGUAUUCAGAUCAUUAUCUUUCUCACUUUCGCCGGUGCUGCGAUAUCCAUGUGUCUGCCUACGGCAGUUAGCCUCAUUACCAACACUUUCCCCAAGGGCUUCUGGCGCAACUUCGCAUUUGUAAUGAAUGGGAUGGGCCAGCCUCUUGGAUACGUUGUUGGUCUGGUUUUGGGAGGCAUCUUCACGGACACCAUUGACUGGCGAUGGGCCUAUUAUAUGAUGGCAUUGAUCAACAUCUGUCUUUCUCUGGUAUCUAUUUGGUCAUUGCCGUCUAUCAAAAAUAACUCGGAUGCAAGGAAACCGUGGACACGCCGUCUUCUGGAAGAUAUUGACUGGCUUGGUGCUGUUAUUAUUAGCAGUGCUCUUGGAGUCUUGUUGUAUGUCCUAGCUAUGACGACCUCCUCGUACUACAGAAUCGGUGAUCCACAGGAUAUUGCUCUGCUCAUUGUAUCAUGCGUCCUGCUUGCUGCCUUUCCCUGCUGGAUGCAUUAUCAAGUUAAGAGAGGAAAGCCCGCACUGAUCCCGAACAGACUAUGGAAGAGGGCUUCUUUCACCUCCAUAUGUGCAUCUGUCUUCUUUUGCUGGGCUUCAAUGAAUGGAAUUGAGUACUUCAUUACCCUCUACUUCCAACAAGUCGAAGGGCUUUCUGCUCUACAAAGCUCGCUCCGCUUUCUUGCCCAUGUUAUCAUGGGCGUAUCAGCCAACAUUGCUACGGCCUUCUUCACCUCCCGGGUUAAAGUGCGAACUCUCGCCGUCGUCUCUGCCCUAGCGACCAUGAUUGCCCCCAUUCUGAUGGCCACAGUUGAAGUGAAAGAAAACUAUUGGUUCCGCCCGUUCUGGGCUUUGUUUCUCUCCCCUGUAAAUCCCGACGUUGCUCAAUUCGGCACCUCUGUUGUUCUGGCUGUAACGGCUUCAAUCGCGGCCUCUGUCACCGAGCAUUCCGGUAUACUUGAAUAUCGGGCAGCUCUCAUGGAAGGAUACCGCGCGUCUUUCUGGACAAUCUUCAUAGCCACGGCAUUUGUGGUAGUUGUUUCGUUCUUUGGCCUAAAGGAAGGCGGAACUGUGGGUAAAAAGGAGGAAUAA